GCUAAGUCGAUGACCAUGGAGUCGGCAGCAGAGGUUCAGCAGGGAGGAGACACAGAAGUGUCAGAGACAGACAGCCAACAGAUCGCCCACUCACAGGUUAGUACCCUGCUACAUACUGGUACUGUACCUCAUCACUACUACCACUCACAGGUUAGUACCCUGCUACAUACUGGUACUGUACCUCAUCACUACUACCACUCACAGGUUAGUACCCUGCUACAUACUGGUACUGUACCUCAUCACUACUACCACUCACAGGUUAGUACCCUGCUACAUACUGGUACUCAUCACACACAACUCAGUGCUCUUACACACAUGCUACACACACUGCUACCUACCUCUUACAUCACAACUGCUACACUACCAACACUCUAUUACCCCUACUACACACACGGUACAUCUACCACACCACUAAGCUACUACCCAAACGAUACAACACUGCUACAUCUACCACACUACAUCCACCACCUACUCUACCACACUGUAACUCACGCCUCACACACACUACCACACACUACUACAUCUCCACACACUGCUACAUCUACCAACACUCUACACCACUGCUACAUCUACCACACACUGCUACACUACACACAUACCCACACCUGCUACUCUACCACACACUACUACCUACACACACCACACAAUGUAAUUACACACAUUGUACACUACACUUAACAAAUCUACAUCGCACACAUUCUACCACAUGUACUUAAUGCUCAAAGUACAGUCAACUUAACAGACUCAAAUCUUACAAAUCUAACACGUUCCUACAAAUGCAUUACAACUUACAUCAUACCACGUAACAUUACUCACGUACUACAAUUAAACAAUCUCCCUCCAAUACACAAGUACAACUACACUAACACUUACAUCACCCUUAACAAUGACAUUCAAAACUACCCUUACAGACACACACUUAACAAUACGUUCACACACACAAUACCACAUCUACAAGUCUUACCAACAUACUACCACAUACUCACAAUGCUACUCUACACACACUACUAUCACACACUGUACUCUUCCACACACAUCUACCACACCUGUAACAUCUACACCACACUCUACAUCUACAACAGCACUUACCCACACUGCUCACUACCAACAUACAUCUACCACACUGCUACAUUACAACACUGCUUACAUCUACCCACACUGCUACACUACCACACACUGUACACUACCACAACUACUACACACUGCUACAUCUACACACAUCACUCUACACCACUGCUAUCUACACACACUGUACACACACUGCUACACUACACACACUAAUCUACACUACUCACACAUGCUACAUCACACAACCGUACUACACACAUACUACCCACACUCUAAUCUACCACACACUACAUACACACUAAUCACCACACUACUACAACCUCUACAUUACCCACACAUGCUACAUCUACCACACACUACUACCACACAUGCUACAUCUACCACACAUACUACCACACACUGCUACAUUACCACACAUACUACAUUAUACCACACACUGUACACACCACAUCUACACACACUGCUACAUCUACCACACACUACCACCUGCUACAUCUACCACACACUACUACACACACUCACUCCACAACAUCUACCACACACUGCUACAUCUACACACACCUACAUCUACCACACACUACUACCACACACUGCUACAUCUACCACACCACACUACUACACCACACUGCUACAACCUACUACCACACACUGUACACACUGCUACACACACUGCUACUCUACCACCACUCUAUCUACCACCACUCACACAUGCUACAUCUACCACCACAUGCUACAUCUACCACACACUGCUACACACCACAACUGACUAACAUCUACUACACACACUACUAACUACUACACACAUGCUACAUCUACCACACACUCACACUACCACACACUGCUACAUCUACCCACAACACACUACAUCUACCAACCUCUACACACACUACUACAUCUACCACACACAACUGCUACAUUUACACACACUGCUACUCUACCACACACUGCUCUCACAUACUCAUCUACACACACUACCACACUGAACUAUCUUAACCACACACUGCUACAUCUUACCCGACCACACCUACUACAACACAAUCUACCACACACUGCUACUUACACACCACUACUACACUACCACACACUCACUACCACACACUGCUACAUCUACCAACACACUCUCUACCACACUACCCACUCGACACUACCAUGCUACAUCUACCAACACACUGCAUCAUCUACCACCACUGACACUACACACUUACCACACACUGCUACAUCUACCACACACUGCUACAUCUACCACACACUAUACUCCACACACACACUGCUACAUCUAACCCACACACUACAUUACCACCACACACACUGCACAUCUACCACACCACUGCUACUACCACACUCUACCACACACUGUACUACCACACACACUGCUACAUACCACACACUCUACCCACACACUCUACACAUCUACCACACCACUGCAUACCACCACUGCUACAUCUACCACAACACCCUGCUACCACACAUCUACACACACUACUACCACACACUAACUACCACACACUGCUACACUACCACCACUACAUCACACACACUGCACUCUAACACACACUGAUCUACAUCUACCACACACUUACUACACACCUCCACUACCACACACACUACACACCAACUGCUACAUCUACCACACACUGCUACACACCACACUGCUACAUCUACACACACUACCACACACUCUACAUCACCACACACUGCUACAUCUACCACACACUGCUACAUCAUACCACACACUACUACCAACAGCUACAUCUACAAUCUACCACAACACUGCUACACUCUACCACACACUACUUACACACACUGCACAUCUCCACCACUGCUACUCCACACACCUACACUACACACACACUUACCACAUCACUGUACACCACUACUACACACUGCUACAUCUACCACACACUCUACAUCUACCAAACACCAACUGCUUACAACACUACAUCUACCCACCUAUCUACCAACACUGCUACAUCUACCACACACUGCUACAACCACACACUGCUACAUCUACCACACACUACUACCACACACUGCUACAUCUACCACACACUGCUACUACCACACACUGCUACAUCUACCACACACUCUACCACACACUGCUACACACACACUGCUACCACACACUGCUACAUCUACCACCACACUACCUGCUACCACACACUGCACAUCUACCACACACUUAAUCUACCACACACUGCUACUAACACACUCACCUACACACACUUACAUCUACCACACACUGCUACAUCUACCACACACUACACCUACACACUGCUACAUCUACCACACACUGCUACAUCUACCACACACUGCUACACAUCUACCACACACUGCUACUCUACACACACUGCAAAACACACCAACACUGCUACAUCUACACACACUGCUACACUACCACACACUGCUACAUCUACCACACACUACUACAUCUACCACACACUGCUACACACACUAUACAUCUACCACACACUGCUACAUUACACACACUGCUACGUCUACCACACACUGCUACAUUUACCACACACUGCUACAUCUACCACACACUGCUACAUCUACCACACACUGCUACAUCUACCACACACUACUACAUCUACCACACACUGCUACACUACUACACACUCUACCACACACUGCUACAUCUACCACACACUACUACACACACUACUACAUCUACCACACACUGCUACAUCUACCACACACUGCUACACUACCACACACUGCUACAUCUACCACACACUACUACAUCUACCACACACUGCUACACACACUGCUACAUCUACCACACACUGUUACAUUAUCACACACUGCUACGUCUACCACACACUGUACACUUCACACACUGCUACUCUACACACACUGCUACACACUACACCUACACAUCUACACACACUACAUACUACACACACACUGCUACAUCUACCACACACUACUACACACACUGCUACAUCUACCACACACUACUACACACACACUACUACAUCUACCACACACUGCUAAAUUUAUCACACACUGCUACGUCUACCACACACUGCUACAUCUACCACACACUACUACAUCUACCACACACUACUACAUUUACAUUUACAUUUACAUUUUCGUCAUUUAGCAGACGCUCUUAUCCAAAGCGACUUACAAAUUGCUACAUACCGUAUUUUCCGCACUAUAAAGCGCACCGGAUUAUAAGGCGCACCUUCAAUGAAUGGCCUAUUUUAGAACUGUUUUCAUAUAUAGGGUGCACCGGAUUAUAAGGCGCAUAGAAUAGAAGAUACUGCAGUCAAACGUUUGACUGGGGUUGCGUUAUGCAUCCACUAGAUGGAGCUGUGCUAAAGGGAAUGUCAACAAAACAGUCAGAUAAAGUCAAACUUUGUUAAGCGUUCUGACAACAAUUUUGGGGUCUUUAUACACACACAAGUGGUGUGGGACUGUGAGUAAGCACAGUACCGGUGUUUACUGACUACGGUAGCCGUAAUGCUGCAAGCGGUGCGGCUUUGUAGUUUACCAGUCGUACUGAAACAUUUCAUUAUUAUUAAAUUGUUUUUAUUGGUUUUUCAUACUAAAACAUUUUGACAGAGCGCCUUGAGCGCCGUGUACAACCAGUAUGGAUCAACCAAUUAACCAAUUGAUCCAUAUAUAAGGCGCUCCGGAUUAUAAGGCGCACUGUCGUUUUUUGAGAAAAUUAAAGGCUUUUAAGUGCGCCUUAUAGUGAGGAAAAUACGGUACUCACUGACUGAUAGGGAAUGUGCUGACACUCCAUACACACACAUACACACAUUACAUCAGAGAUCUAUGACUCACAGAGAGACCCUGUGGUACUAGAAAUAUGGUCAUCUACCAGAGGAGGCUGGUGGGAGGAUUUAUAGGAGGACGGGCUCAUUGUAAUGGCUGGAAUGGAAAAAAUGGAACGGUAUCAAACACAUCAAACAUAUGGAAACCACAUCGAUUCCAUUCCAGCCAUUACAAUGAGCCCGUCCUCCUAGCUCAUCCCACCAGCCUCCACUGACUGUCAUCUACCCCCCGAGUUCAGCGAGAGCCAGACAUAUGUAAGAUGCAAGCAGGAGACAGCAGGAUGACCAGACUGAGACAGUAGGAUGACCAGACUGAGACAGUAGGAUGACCAGACUGAGACAGUAGGAUGACCAGGCUGAGACAGUAGGAUGACCAGGCUGAGACAGUAGGAUGACCAGGCUGAGACAGUAGGAUGACCAGGCUGAGACAGUAGGAUGACCAGGCUGAGACAGUAGGAUGACCAGGCUGAGACAGUAGGAUGACCAGGCUGAGACAGUAGGAUGACCAGGCUGAGACAGUAGGAUGACCAGGCUGAGACAGUAGGAUGACCAGGCUGAGACAGUAGGAUGACCAGGCUGAGACAGUAGGAUGACCAGGCUGAGACAGUGAUGACAGGAUGAGACAGUAGGAUGACCAGGCUGAGACAGUAGGAUGACCAGGCUGAGACAGUAGGAUGACCAGGCUGAGACAGUAGGAUGACCAGGCUGAACAGUAGGAGACAGGCUGAGACAGUAGGAUGACCAGGCUGAGACAGUAGGAUGACCAGAUUGAGACAGCAGGAUGACCAGGCUGAGACAGUAGGAUGACCAGGCUGAGACAGCAGGAUGACCAGGCUGAGACAGUAGGAUGACCAGGCUGAGACAGUAGGAUGACCAGGCUGAGACAGUAGGAUGACCAGGCUGAGACAGUAGGAUGACCAGACUGAGACAGUAGGAUGACCAGAUUGAGACAGCAGGAUGACCAGGCUGAGACAGUAGGAUGACCAGACUGAGACAGUAGGAUGACCAGGCUGAGACAGUAGGAUGACCAGAUUGAGACAGCAGGAUGACCAGGCUGACACAGUAGGAUGACCAGGCUGAGACAGUAGGAUGACCAGGCUGAGACAGUAGGAUGACCAGGCUGAGACAGCAGGAUGUCACAGAAUAUACUGUACAUACUGACAUCACUCACGCUACCGUUUCAUUCUCAUACACACAAGAAAUACGUACCCAUACACACAAAAUAAUGUAGCAAACAGGUAUUUUAUAAACGUACGUAGUAGGGCCCAGAAAACCCCAAGUUUUUCCAGACUAGGAGAGACUCGGGGGUUCUAGUCAUAGGUGUGUGUCCCCCCUGGACAGCAGGAUUAUGUUUAUGCUUUGCAGGUUUCCAUGGCAGCGGGCCACGCCACGUCCAGUGGUCCUACGGUCACCCUGGUGCAGCUGCCCAACGGUCAGACGGUCCAGGUUCACGGGGUCAUCCAGGCCUCUCAGCCCUCUGUCAUACAGUCACCACAGGUCCAGACUGUUCAGGUGAGUAGACCUUUUCAUCUAACCUUUCAUUUAUAGAGGUUUGUCUCAUUAUGAUAAAAAUACCUUAGCUAAAACGUUAGCUUAGAUACAAUAACUUUGCACCCCGGUACAACUCUGACCACCACAACAGGCCACAAGAAGAAUAUACUGUGAUAGAGCAAGUAUUAUUACUAGCCCAGCACUAACACACCUGAUUGAACUGUUCCAGAUCUCCACCAUAGCAGAGAGUGAAGACUCCCAGGAGUCAGUGGACAGUGUGACUGACUCUCAGAAACGCAGAGAGAUCCUCUCACGUCGCCCCUCAUACAGGUACACGUUGAUGUGUGUGUGUGUGUGUGAUAAUGCUGUACUGUGAGUACUGUUAGUUUGUGUGUGUGUUUUAUCUAACGUCCUGACCUCUGACCCUAACAGGAAGAUCCUGAAUGACCUGUCGUCAGGUGACACCCCGGGGGUUCCCAGGAUUGAGGAAGAGAAGUCGGAAGAGGACCCAGCACCCGCCAUCACCACGGUUACCAUGCCCACAUCAUGCCCCAUCUACCAGACCAGCAGUGGCCAGUACAGUACGUCACCUUUGACCCUUUGUUCUUUUACUCAACAAUGUCACUGACAAAGAGGUUAUUUACAGUAAGAGGGUAGUUUAAGCAAGAUCUUUAGUUGCUUAUGUUGCAACCUUAUUCACAAACUGUCUUUUCCUUCUCUCUCUGUCUCUCUCUGUCUCUUCUCUCUCUCUCUCUCUCUCUCCGUCUCGCUCCACUCUCUCUCUGUAUCUCUUCUCUCCUCCGUCUCUCUCCUCUCUCUCUCUGCCUCUCUCUCUCGCUGUCUCUCUCGCUCAUCUCUCGCCUUCAUCCUCUCUCACCGCUCUUCUCGCUCUCUCUCUCCUCUCUCCUCAUCUCUCCUUCUCUCUCUGGAUCUCUCUCCUCACUCCUUCUGAUCGUCUCUCUCUCUCUCUAGACUCAUGCUCUCUCUCCUCUCUCUCAUACUACUCUCUCUCAUCUCUCUCUCUAUCUUCCUCUCAUCUAUCCUGUAACCUCUCCUCUCUCUCUCUCCUCAUCAUCUCUCAUCUCUGAUCUCUCUCUCAUCUCUCUCUCACCUCUCUCUAUCUUGUCUCUUCUGCUCUAUCCGUCCAUCUCGCUCUUCAUAUCUCUCUCUCAUCUCUCUCUCUGAUCUCUCUCUCUCUCUGCCUCUGCCUCUCUCAUUCUCUCUCGCCCCGUCCCUCUCACCUCCCUCUCCUCUCCCAGUCGCCAUCACCCAAGGCGGUGCGAUCCAGUUGGCCAAUAACGGAACAGAUGCGGUCCAGGGACUGCAGACCCUGACCAUGUCCAACACUGCGGCCGCCCAGCAGGGCACCACCAUCCUGCAGUACGCCCAGACCUCAGACGGCCAGCAGAUCCUGGUGCCCAGCAACCAGGUGGUAGUGCAAGGUGAGUGGUAGUGCAAACACUGGCCUUACCUCUUGAUAUGGAUAAACACACAAACAGACAAUCGGCGUGUUUGAAUGGAAUCAGUUUGAGCAGGGAGAGGCACAGAAUUGCUUCUGCACAUUAUCAGUGAUUCUGCACAUUACAACUGCAAUGUAGUAGAUUUCAAACACAUGGCUCCAUAUUUGACCUCCUGUAUCAUUCCAUUGUUCCCCUAGCUGCGUCUGGAGAUAUGCAGGCCUACCAGAUCCGCACGGUCCCCAACAGCACCAUCGCCUCUGGGGUGGUCAUGGCUUCCUCCCCUGCCCUGUCUGGCCAGGGGGGCCCAGAGGUAGAAGUCACCCGCAAGAGAGAGGUCAGACUCAUGAAGAAUAGGUAAGGACAUACAGUCAGAGUGAGGUUCUCUUUAGUUAUGGUCCACUGUGAACUCAAUUUAGCCAAGACCUGUGCGACUUCUAGUAAAACAUUAUAAUGGCUCAUACAUGCUACAAGUAAAGCAUUACACCUGUCUGCAUUAAGUAAAGUGUAACCAAGAACCUAGAGAGAUGCUGUGUAACAUCCCAUGCUAGCUGAGCCAAUAGCCGGUGGUUUCCCUGACUGUGUCUUGGUCCUUGUUGUCACACAGAGAGGCGGCCCGCGAGUGUCGCAGGAAGAAGAAGGAGUAUGUCAAGUGUCUGGAGAACCGCGUUGCCGUGCUGGAGAACCAGAACAAAACCCUCAUAGAGGAACUGAAAGCUCUUAAAGACCUGUACUGCCAUAAAUCUGAGUAG